CUCUCCCGCCACAACAUUUUCCCACGCCUCAAAAAUCUCGCUCUCAUCGUUGCCACUGCCGUUCACCUCUCCGUCCAUCCAAUAAACUCUUUUAUACGUCAUGUCUUUCGCGUUGCCCGCUCGUCAAGUCACCUUUGGUGGUCGCUCUCAAUGGGUUCCUCCCUCGCAGCAGCAGCAGCAACAGCAACAGCAACAACAGCAGGCUCAGCAAAACGCGCCCGCGCAUGGCCUUGCCCUCCCCUCCGGGCCCGCCACAUACAAUGCCGGACCUCUUGCUCUACCAGGUCCUGCGCCCUCAUCAGUUCCCGCAUUCCAGUCCACCCUCGCUGGUCAAACGAGCUCGCACUCUCCCCCAACCUAUCCCAACAGUCAGCAGAAUGCCAUCGCUGGCCCUUCUACGCCGGCUGCUGUUCCCGCCACCCCAGCACCCCUCACUCUCGAGCAGCAGCACAUCACUGCCGUCGAGGGCAUCGUUCCUACGCUGCAGAACAUUGUGGCCACCGUCAACCUCGACUGCCGACUCGAUUUGAAGACGAUCGCCCUUCAUGCCAGGAAUGCGGAGUAUAAUCCCAAGCGUUUCGCCGCCGUCAUCAUGCGUAUUCGCGACCCAAAGACGACCGCUCUAAUCUUCGCAUCGGGCAAGAUGGUUGUCACGGGCGCGAAGUCUGAGGACGACUCGCGUCUCGCUUCCCGCAAGUACGCGAGGAUCGUGCAAAAGCUCGGGUUCGACGCCAAGUUCUCCGAGUUCAAGAUCCAGAACAUCGUCGGUUCUUGUGACGUCAAGUUCCCCAUUCGCCUUGAGGGUCUGGCAUACAGUCACGGGCAAUUCAGCAGUUAUGAACCUGAGUUGUUCCCUGGUCUCAUUUACCGCAUGAUCAAGCCAAAGGUCGUCUUGCUCAUCUUUGUUUCGGGUAAAAUUGUGCUCACCGGUGCAAAGGUCCGAGAAGAGAUCUACACCGCGUUCAACACGAUCUACACUGUGCUUGUCGAGUUCCGCAAGCCCUGAUCGCUGUCUGACACCGUGUUCUUCUCCAUCGCUCUUCACCCCUUCGCGGCAUCGAUCCUUGUAUCAUGUCCUUCGCCUCUAUAUAUCCCAGCUCAGUUGAGCAACCAUACAGAGCGCUUAAAACUUUCGGGGUUGAGGGCGCAUGGCACUUUGGACAUCGUUCGGUUAUUCUUGGACUACUUGCCUAUGUCGCGCGUUACCUUUACCUCAUUCUAUUGUUCUUUGUCGCCCCCCAUUCCACAUCAUCCCCUCUUCUCGCUCUGUCACCCCUAUGUUUGUCCCCCUCCGUACACCAUGCAUGAUUCUCCUUUGUCACUGUUACUGUCCUAACAUUAUCCACCCGUCCUCAACCGCAAUUACUUAACGAUAUUCGUACAAUACGAUUCACUACAUGUUUCCUUCCUUUUUCUCUUCAUACAACGUUGGGUAGCAGCAUUGGCUCCCUUCUAUUAGGUAAACUUGUUGGCAAUUGCAUAUUAACAU